AUGUUUUACUUUAAUGUGUUUAAUUUAGUUUUUAUCAUAACUAAUCUCAAUUCGUCAUGUAUAAACAUAUUUAGAAAUAAUAAAGGAAUAUUCCCCGACGGAUUCCUAAAUUUUAAAAGGAAUCCCGAGAAAAAAGAUAAUUUAUCGCAAUUAAAUGAUGUUUGUAAUGGUAAUAAUUUGGAAGGAUUAGAAUCCACAGAUUCCGACAAUAAAAGUAAAAAUUUAGAAAAUUCGACUGUAAAAAAUAAUAAAAUAUCAAGAGUUGAGCUUUUAUUUGGAUCGGCAGGUUUAAAGCGUUUAAAUUCCUCAAAUGUGUUUGUGAUUGGAGCGAACGAGUUAUCGUCGAAAAUCAUAACACACUUAAUAAGGUCUGGAGUGUCAUCAGUAACAGUGUGGGACGAAAACAAGUCUCUGACAAGGGCUAUUUUAAAGGAAAUUUUAAUUUUAAACCCGGACGCAAAUGUUAAGAUCCUACACACUGACCUUCUGGAACAUUUGUCAAAUUACAAAUACUCAGCUGUAAUAAUAUCAAACCAACCAAUUCUGACGGCAAUCAAGUUCAAUAAGUUGUUCCAUAAAAAGAUAAACAUAGUCUAUGCGUCAGUUUCAGGAUGUGCUGGAAUCGUUCUCAACGACUUUGGUGACCACAAAGUUCAUGUAACAUCAGAUGAAACAUAUGAGGAGGAUUCAGCGAGGAUUUUACAGUUAGGAGAACAGUCCUGCCUUGAGGUAGAUUCAUCAAAGUUAUCUCAGUAUAGUAAAAAUGACAUUAUUGAAGUUAGAUACAAGGAACAUGGGUCUGAAAAUAAGUUGAGCCAGUUUAAGAUAUUAAAUGUAGACAAAUCUAGUGAAGGUUCUUUAAAGCUUUGGAUUGAUACGAGAAAUGAUAAAUUAAGAGACACAGUGGUAUCAGUUAGAAAAGUUGAUAAACCUGAAAAACUACACUUCAAUACCUUUGAAUCAUUAAUCAAUUCAGUGCUAACAGUAAACAAGUUCCUAAAUUUUGUCAAGAGAAUAUUUACGCAUGAAUCGAUAGAAAAAUUAGUAAUCGGCCCAGAUAAUAACAGUAGUUUGAACAGUAAAUUAGUGACUGUGUUAGCGUCGUUUAUCGCAUUGAGUAAGACAAACUCGUAUAAUUUACCACCAGAAUCCCAUUUGGAUUUGGAGAACUUUUACGCAGUAACGAAACAAGUUUAUUCUGAGUCAGACUAUAAAGUUGUUUCCAACUUUAACUGUCUGAAGGACUUUAAAAUCCCAUCAAUAAUAUCACUAAUUGGUGGUUUGGCAGCUCAAGAGUGUAUUAAGGCUAUAACACACACUUUCAAACCUUCAGAUCUAAUAUUAGUGGAUAGAAGUGAUAUUUUCAGUGACGAGUCAGGCCAAGUGGAUGCUGAAAAUGUAAGGAAAUCAAUGAGCCAAGUGUCGAAAAUGUCGUUUCUGGUAGUGGGAUCAGGCGCGUUGGGAUGUGACUAUCUUAAGCUUCUGGCUGAAAUGGGAGUCUCGGAUGUAACACUAUUCGAUAAUGAUACUGUAGAUGUAUCAAAUUUAUCUAGGCAAGCUUUGUUUACAAUUAACGAUAUUGGGAAACCAAAAGCCCAGGUAGCAGUUAGGAACCUGAACCUACUACAUAACACCAGCGGAUACAAGUAUUAUAACCGAAUAUUCACUGAAGAUAGUUUCGAACUCUUUGAUCGGCACAUAUCUGAGGGUAACAAUUAUGUAGCAAUUUCAGCAGUGGAUAACAUUGAAGGAAGAGUAGCACUCGAUAACUUUUGUCUUCUAAAUAACUUGCCAAUGAUUGAAUCUGGAAUUCAUGGAAUGAAAUGUAUCAUUUUAAGACUACCAUAUACACAAUACUAUAUAGAAAUAUAUAUAGUUAGUAGUAGUACGUCAUUUAUGGUGCCGUAUAUUACAGAGUCAUUUUCAAGUUCAAUGGGAGAUGAAGCGGUAUCAUCAGAUAGGUACAGUUGUUCAGUAAAGGGAAUACCAUCAAACAUUGACGAUUGUGUUUUUUAUUCAAUUGAGUUGUUCUCCUGGAUCUUUAACACACAGCACAUGAUCCUUAACAACUUUGUUAAGGACCCAGUUAAGGCACUUGAACAAGCUGUUAAAUCUGGCAAAAACAAUUUUCACAACUUGAUUCAGAUAGUCUAUGAGAAUCUAGAGAUAAUAAACUCUGACGAGAAGAAGAAAGAAUAUGUGGUAAAUCAGUGGGCGAAGAUGAAAUAUGACAAAUACGUCGGUCACGAAUCGGAAUAUAAGAAUAAGUUAAUCUCAGCGUUAGUAAAUUUGAAGUUGAAAGCUCUCAAAAACGUUGGAAUUCAACCAGUUAAUAUGGAUUAUGACAAGUUUAACCUCAUUUUGAAUCAUGGGUAUAAAGAGUUUGGAGAUCACAUGUCGGGCAAUAAGUUCAGAAAAGAGGAUUUCCAGAGAUUAGUGGAUGUGUUUGUUUGUAAUUCAAGGAAAAACACCAACUAUGAGUUUAACCCACUUGUAAUUGAGGAGGAUUGUAAUGAUUCAACUGACUUUGUAUACUUUGUGAGUAACUUGAGGGCACGCAAAUUCAAUAUACCAGAAGCCUCAAAAACAAAUUUGGUUCGAAAAGCAAAGAACAUUGUACCAGCUGUCUCAACAUCCGUUUCAAUUGCCUCUUCACUUUCACUUAUGGAACUCUACAAACUACCAAUUAUUAAAAGUACAAUUGUUAGUAGUAGAUGUAUGAAAGAAGAUAGAAAUGGUUUGUCAGGUUUACCAACUUCUUUAAAGAAUGGAAAUGAACUGGUGAUAAACGACAAUGUAAAAUUAAAUCUAUUUGUGAAUAAGAGUGAGAUUAACUUUUGUAAUGGUGAUAAAACUAUUUUUACACUUCGUCCAUUCAACUAUUCUAAGCUCGAUUAUUUGUGUGGUUUUUUCAAAAACCACUUCUUCAACAGUGCUACAAUGAAAUAUGUAACAAACACAUGUGAACCCCCAAAAGUCUUCACAAUUGAUAAUAAAAACUCUAUUCUCAACGGAUUGUCACUUUCAUAUUGGGAUCAGUUCAUUAUUCGGGAACAUCGAGUGCAUGCUGAUGGUUUAACCAAAAGUAGUCAGCACACUGUACCCUACAAGUUUAAUUCCCGAAAUAUCAUUAAUGGUCCAAAUACGUAUUGUAAACUAAGACCAAAAGAGUUGAUUUAUCUUUAUGAGUUGGUUGAUUUGCUUGAAUUCAUCUUUGACAUUAAAGUUGACGGCCUAACAUUUAAGAACGGGUACUUGAUUGUGGGUGAACACAACAGGUUCAAGCCACUUCAGGAUUUACUAAACCAUCGCUCUGGACAGUUGUUUUUACACAUUAUUGCAAGGGAUAACAAGUCAAAUAAGGUUAUAGAACUUCCUGAUAUUAAGUAUUCCAUAAUAUAA